UACAAAGUGCGCAGCCAUUUUGUUAGCUAGCUUGAGGUUAUAGAGGUUAGCCGCGCGCGUACUGCUGCAAUAUAUGUGUUCUUUACGAUUUUGUGCGUAAAUCAGAACGAACACGAUCAUUUGUCGAUAUUGGUGUAAGCGUGCAGUGUUUAGCUACAGACCCGCAGACUGAAUCAGGACUCGUGUGUUUGUUAACGGUGAACAGUGCGUGAAAUUGAAUGGUCAUUCAUUUUUCAAGCCGUCUUGGGUUCGCUAGCUUGUUAGCUAGCUAGCUGACUAACGUGUUUACGCGUGCUACAAACGGAGAAGAAAGCUAGUGAGUGUUGAAGGGUUAUUGAGUGAGUGUUUGGGUUCCACAUAGUUUGUGUGCUCCUUUGACUACCGCUAUAGCUCGGUUGCGUCGCCCAGUUGACUGACGUGACGUGAAACUUCAUCGACGAUCGACGCUACAAACUCGCGUGCAUCGUUACGUUGUUUCAACUUUUAACUCCCAUCGGCUGCUUCCACUUGGACCGGCGCGCGACCAUUUAGAGACCAUGUCGGAGUUGUACAUUCGUGUGGCCGAGGAUGAAAGCGAAGAGCCCAUGGAGAUCCCUUCGGAGGAUGAUGGUACUAUAUUGCUUUCAUCGGUAGCGGCACAGUUUCCAGGGGCGUGCGGGCUGCGCUACAGGAACCCGGAGUCCCAGUGCAUGAGGGGGGUCCGGCUGGUGGAGGGUGUCCUUCAUGCCCCCGAGAACGACUGGGGAAACUUGGUCUAUGUCGUCAAUUACCCUAAAGAUAAUAAAAGAAAGAUGGAAGAGAUAGAUGCGGCCUCGGCUGUGAAAGUGAAAAGAGGCUUUCAGAAGACGUCGGAUCUCAUCGUCCUGGGGCUGCCGUGGAAAACGUCGGAACAAGACCUGAAAGAUUAUUUCACCACCUUUGGGGAGGUCAUCAUGGUGCAGGUCAAGAGAGAUUUAAAAACUGGCAACUCCAAAGGGUUUGGGUUUGUCAGAUUCACUGAGUACGAGACACAAACCAAAGUGAUUGCUCAGAGACACAUGAUUGAUGGACGAUGGUGUGACUGCAAACUUCCCAACUCAAAGGCGUCCCCCGAUGAGCCCAUGCGGAGCCGUAAAAUCUUUGUUGGCCGCUGUACAGAGGACAUGACAACUGACGAGCUGAGGCAGUACUUCAUGCAGUACGGCGAAGUCACUGAUGUCUUCAUCCCCAAACCUUUCCGGGCUUUUGCAUUUGUCACGUUUGCCGACGACCAGGUGGCCCAAGCCUUAUGUGGAGAGGACCUGAUCAUCAAGGGCAUCAGCGUGCACAUCUCCAAUGCUGAGCCCAAACACAAUAAUAGUAGGCAAAUGAUGGAUCGAGGGAGGUUUGGGGCUGGGGGGUUCAGUCAGGGCUAUGGCAGUAAUCGCGGUGGGCUAGGCAGUGGUAGUGGUGGGGUAAACUUUGGGGCACUCGGCCUAAACCCAGCGAUGGUCGCUGCUGCCCAGGCAGCGCUGCAGAGCAGCUGGGGAAUGAUGGGCAUGCUGGCUAACCAGCAGGGUCUGACCACCACGGCAGGCACCGCCCCUACCACCCGAGACCAGACGUAUAGCUCUUCCAGCACCAGUUACAGCAGCCCCAGCUCAGCUAGCCUCGGUUGGGCUGCAGGCACUAACACGGCCUCCACUAGUGGCUUCAGCUCUGGCUUUGGCACCUCUAUGGAUUCCAAGUCUUCUAGUUGGGGGGUGUAGGGAGCUUAGAUUGUGCUUCUGUUGCUGUUAGGCUAAUCUGGUAAGUAUACAUACAGUCGGGAACUGCUUAUAUCUUGUGUUCCUAUUAUUAAACAUAUACUGCCUUUUUAUUUUGUUAAAAAGAGAAAAUUUAUACUUGCGUGUGACUGAUUAUGUCAUGCAUUGAAUGGGUGCAAAGUUUAGUUUAUUAGUGGAAAUUCCUACAUUUUGUUUUGUUUUUAAAUGUUAAAACCGAGGACUGCAUGCAAGAUAAAUAUUUAAACAUGCACGAGUAUCUUGAGAGCCCCUCGUCCCCAUGUAAAAUGAGGUUGAUAAUACUUUAUAUCUGUAUGAAGUUCAUUGAAUCGUUUUGUUUUGAAGUCAUUUGGAAACGCCUUCAUGAAAAUCUCUUCUGCAGUUCAUCAACUCUUUCCCAAUUUCCCGGGAGGAAGCGCCUCAUUGGCUGCAAUGUUCGACCGGUCUCAGUAUCAAUACCCCUCUUCCCAUGUGUAAAUGCUUUGCCAUCAAAGAACACAGCUUCACUCUGCAUAUACUGUGUUAGACGGUGGGUGUUGUCUUUUUUUCCUCCCCUUUUUAAGGAUAUAGAUAUCUUGUCUACUCUUGUUGCUUUUCAAGAUCAAUGAAUGGGAUUGAUGUUGGACCGAGUGAGUGCGCGAACGGGAGAGCAAAUUGAGAGGAGUGUGGAAAGGACUGUUUGUGCAAAACAAUUUUUAAAGAAACAAAUGCCUGCGAGAGUUGAAGAACCUGUGGCUUUGUGCGAGUGUGAGCGGAAGAAGCAAGUACGAGUGUGUCCCAAAUGGCCAUCACAAGGACAUUUAUUGCAUCUCGAGAUCCCUCUGGUCUCUGCUUAUUGUCAUCUAUCAUCUUUAAUUCUUAAAAAAAACAGUGAAAUGUCAAGUGCGUAUAUGAGUAUGUACCCCCUUUCGUAGCUUUCUCUUGCUGUCUGAUUUAAUGUGGAUGCUGUGUCUGGUUGUUUGCUUUAUUUUCUCCUUGUUACCACCCUCUCUGUGUGAAAAUGACUUUGUGCUCGUGGAGUCUGUGUGGAAAAAUUACAGAAAGUGUGUUUAAGUUUGAGGUUUGUGUGGUGAGUGUUCCCAUUUGAAAGUUUGUGUUUGAAGUGGUUACGAAUGCUUUUCUAUGUUUUGUGAAUCAAAGGGAAGUCUGAAAUAAAAACUGAAUUUGACUAGGUAUGAUACACUCUUGACAGUGGCUUAUUUUUGACUUCACAUUAAUUCAAAUGCCAACACUUUAAUUCACAUGUAUAGGGACCGCGGACAUGGACAGCCCAGGUUUUCGUCAGAAUCCAGGUUGGAGCUUUUAUGAAGAGGCUGAAGACAUUGGUGGGUGGGCCGGCACAAACCAAAACCAACAAUGGGAUUGCUGCACGACUGCCUUAAUCCUGAAAAGGAGCUUCAUCACUAGCAAGAAACCUCGGACCUUCCCGCAAUCAAAUUUAGAGCGGACCACACUCCAAUUGGGCUGAGGUAUUUGUUCAUACCUGCAAACGACACAAAUAGGACCAAGUCACACUACCAGUUUGGCGUUAGUCGUUAUUUCUGUUUUUUUCCAAACUUGUAAAACACAAAGUCUGCCUUUUUACAAUCUGAAACGUGCAUUUUUGUCAGUGAAUGCUUUUAUUCUUUGUCCUCGUAGUUGUCACUGUAAACUUAUGGAAGUAUUAACUAGUAGGUUUCAUUUCAAUGUGAUCAAAAAGCAGUUCAACAAAGCAAGAUGUUUCUGUUAUUUUGUUUAUCCUGAUUGUAAAAUUCGAUGAAAUGUAACCGUAAGAGAUUUGAAAAAGGGAUUCAAACGACUGAUUGAACAUGCCAGCAGGACUUUUCACUUUCUGUAUUGAGAUAUUUUAGUAUUGCGGUGUAAAAUAAACAGGUUUUUGAGUUUUUAA